GCCCCACCUUCCCCUCCCUCAAGGCCAAGGACAGCGGCGUCCUCCUCCCCCUUCUCCUCCUCUUUGGUGCUUCCAGCCAGGAGGCGGGGGUGACCCACAGCAGCUGACCCAGCUCGGGCACUGCCUCUCCCCACAGCCCUUAGGACACACCAUGGGCCCGGAGGCUGGUUUGUGGCACACUAGCGACGACGCAGGCGGCGGCCCGGGCGACUCUCAACUGCCUCCCUGACCACUGCGACAACCUCCCCGAAGCCAUCGCCACCGCUUGCUGGGGAACCUAACCGCGGCAAAGCCAUCUCCACUACCGACUACUCCAGCUACGUAAACAACUAUGGCGGGAGAGAGGCGACCGACCCAGGCGCUGGGAGAAGGAUGGGCCGUCUACGUCACGCCCAGAGCCCCCAUCCGGGAGGGAAGGCGAAAGUUCGCCUCUCAAAAUGGCGACAGCAGUGACGCGCCUGCGUACGGAACUCCUCCGUCGCGCCACGGACGACGGGAAGUGAGGUUUUCAGAAGAGCCGCCAGAAGUGUACGGCGACUUCGAGCCCCGGGUGGCCAAAGAAAGGUCCCCGGGGGGAAGACGAACCCCGCCAGGAAAGUUCCGGCCAGAAUCUGCGAAAGAGGAAGUGAGAGAAAGCGCUUACAACCUUCGGUCUAGGCAACGGAGACGGCGGGGACCCCAGGAAGCCGAGGAGAUGAAGACGCGAAGGUCUGCUCGCCUGGAGCAGCACUCACCGCAGCCUCAGCCGUCUCCGGCUACGAGCAGGGCAGGGUUACGGGACUCUCAAUCCUCAAGUGAAGACUGCCGAGAGGAUGAAGCUUCCCAAGCUAUUACAAGCCAAACAGCCUCCAUGAGAACUGUCAGGACACUAGAGGCUUCAGUGAUGAAUGAAGACCCAAUAAGUCACUUAUGCAGACCCCCGCUAAGAAGCCCAAGAUCUGAUUCAACCUACAAAACAAAUGGGAAUACUAAAAUGAAUGAAAUAGAAGCUGCCGGCAUCCAACAGGUCAAUUUCUCUGAAGGAGAAACUGAAGACGAUGUAGAGAGCUCUUACAGUGAUACCACUAUCAAGGUCAGAUCCAGGGAUUCUGUUGAGUCUAGAGAUGAAGCCACCCGUUAUCCAGAAUCCCUGUGGAGGUUACCACAGAGUGAGGCCUUCGCAGCUUAUGAGAAUCAGCCUUCAGUGCUGAGCCCAGGGUGUGAAAAAAACCCUCAGCAGAGGGUUGAACAAGCCCUAAGAAUGAGGACUAGAAUGGCAGCCUAUAACAGCAUUCAGGAAUCAAACUAUAGAAUCCAGUCUCCAUCAACCUCCAGCCAACCACAAGUAGCCGUACAACCUCAGAAUGAAUCUCGUGUCAAGACAAAAUGGUGGGGGCUGGGUCUCAUUGCCGUCCUUGCUGUGGGAAUGUUUUGGUUCUUUCAUACUCCUGCAGUAGAAACCACUGCCGUUCAAGAAUUCCAGAACCAGAUGAAGCAACUUCAGUCAAAGUACCAGAGUCAAGACGAGAAGCUGUGGAAAAGAGGCACAACAUUCCUAGAAAGACACCUGAACAGCUCUGUCCCUCGGCCCCAGCCCGCCAUCCUGCUGCUCACUGCAGCCCAAGAUGCUGAAGAAGUGCUCAAGUGUCUGAGUGAACAAAUCGCUGAUGCCUACUCCGCCUUCCGCAGUCUCCCUGCCAUCCGAAUUGACGGGGCCCGUAAAGCUGAUCAAGACAGUGACGUUGUCAAACAAGAAGUAGAUCAAGAACUGAACGACGGGUUUAGAAAUGGCCAGAAUGCAGCUGUGGUCCACCGCUUUGAAUCCCUGCCAGCAGGCUCAACCUUGAUCUUCUAUAAGUACUGCGACCAUGAAAACGCUGCCUUCAAAGAUGUAGCCCUGGUCCUGACUGUGCUGCUGGAGGAGAAGACGCUGAAAGCCAGCCUCGGCCUAAAGGAAAUUGAAGAGAAAGUGCGGGAUUUCCUCAAAGUUAAGUUCACCAGAGCCGAAACGGCCAGCUCCUACAACCACAUGGACCCAGACAAGCUGAACGGGCUGUGGAGCCGCAUUUCCCACCUCGUGCUGCCCGUGCAGCCUGAAAACACCCUGAAAGGGGGCAGCUGCCUGUGAUCGAGAAAAACCGAAAUCCUGUCUCAAGUCUGAGCAGAUUUCAGACUUGGUAACUAGAGACAGAAUUGGGAGCAGUUUUUGAAAACUGGUUUUGUUUUAAAGGAAACUCAUACAUAAAGAUGGAAUGUCUAAAUCAUUUAUGCAGCCUAAUUAUCUGUGAUUUGAGAGAAUCGUGUCUGUUUCCACUGAGAACUGCUAAGGGUGUUUAGCAUAGUCUACAGUAUGUGCAGUUCCCUGAGGG